AAAGUGUCGUCUUUGAGGUCAAUUGAGGAGAGAAAAAGCGUAUUUUGUGUAUUUAAAAUAUUUUCGAGACACACUAAGCCAUUUUCUUUCUCUCCCUGAUGAUGUCGAAGGCGUGGUGUAAAUAGAGCGUUCCAUCCCAACCCGUAUUUUACAACAUUUUCCCCUUUUAGUGACGGCCGUCUUUUUCCAUACAGAUGUGUCAGCCAGCCAGUGAGAGCGAAGGAAGGAGGCGGAGGAAGGAAUGCUGCAGGAUGCUUUUUAACAUCAUGAUUGUCAAACCCAGUGGCGAUUUGAGAAGAAACAUCUAGCUUCAUGUGAGACUCGGGACAAAGGACAAAGCACCAUGUCGGCUGCAGUCGUCGCUGUGUGGCUGGCGACCGUCUACAUUGUGCAUGCCAGUAGCGUCAUGCAUGAGAGACAUGUCCAAAAGGAGAGAACCGUGGGCUGGAGGCAGAGAACAGCCUUGUACAGAAAUGUGCUCACCAUCUUGUCGAGGUCCCACGCAGACCGUAACGUGUACCCAUCAGCGGGAGUGUUGUUUGUCCACGUUUUGGAAAGAGAAUACUUCAAAGGGGAAUUUCCUCUCUACCCCAAAUCAGGUGAUGCCGCUAGCGACCCCAUCACUUUCAGUACCAACCUGAUGGGUUUCCCAGACCGGCCCGGCUGGCUGCGCUACAUCCAGAGGAGUCCUCAUAGUGAUGGGGUGCUCUACGGCUCCCCCACCGCCGAGCAUGUGGGCAAGCCCACAGUCAUAGAGAUUACCGCCUAUAACCGACGCACUUUCGAGACGGCACGGCACAACUUGGUCAUAAACAUCAUGGCCACCGAGGAGUUCCCGCUGCCCUACCAGGCUGAGUUUUACAUCAAAAACAUGAACGUUGAGGAGAUGCUGGCCAGUGAGGUGCUGGGGGACUUCCUAGGUGCCGUGAAGAACGUAUGGCAACCCGAGCGCCUGAACGCCAUCAACAUCACAUCAGCGUUGGACCGUGGCGGGCGUGUGCCACUGCCCAUUAAUAACCUGAAGGAAGGCGUGUACGUGAUGGUCGGUGCAGACGUUCCCUUUUCGUCGUGCCUACGCGAGGUGGAGAGCCCUCACAACCAGCUCCGCUGCAGCCAGGAGAUGGAACCCGUCAUCAGCUGUGACAAGAAGUUCCGAGCUCAGUUUCACAUCGACUGGUGUAAAAUCUCCCUGGUCGACAUCAACAAAGUGGUUCCGGUGUAUGUUACACGCGUCGAACCGGGCCCUGGAAUCCUGCCUGAAUUCGGGGAGUACAACCCACCGUCUGAGUCCCUGAAGAGCCGGGACUACUUCACAGACUUCAUUGUGACGCUGGCGGUCCCCGCCGCGGUGGCGGUCGCGCUCCUCUUCAUCCUUGGCUACACUAUGUGCUGCCGAAGGGAGGGGGUGCAAAAAAGAAACAUGCAAACAUCAGCGAUCCAGCUGGUCCACCACAGCUCCAUCCAAAAGUCCACCAAAGAGAUGCGCAGCAUGUCUAAGAACCGGGAAAUCUCAUGGCCGCUCUCCACGCUACCUGUCUUCAAUCCCGUCAGCGGAGAAGUAGUCCCGCCCAUCCACCCGGACAACUACGAGACCACCAGCAUGCCACUCAUGCAGACGCAGACGAACCUGCAAAAUCAGAUUACUAUACCACAACAGCAGCCAUCAGGAGAUAACUAUGUCAUGUCUACAUUUAGAAGGUUGGAGGUAAAUGGUAUUCCUGAGGAGAGAAAGGUGGCGGAAGCACUGAAUUUGUAACUGAAAAAAUGCCAUGUUUGUCCACCUACGUAACUAACAUCUGUGCCAAUCAGCAUGCCUCCAAAGUGUCUUAAAGGGAACAUUUCAAUAUUGUUGUUUGCAAAAAGUCACGCAUAUUUAUACUUUCUUUGCACAAGGAAAAUGGAUUUUUCCACUAAACGCACACUAUUAAUUCACUCAUUUUGUCCCAAUAUUCAGUAAACAAACAACAAUAGAAUGCAAAAGUGCACAUUUUAUCAAGUUAUUACCAACAUUAUGAACAGCAGAAUAAAGGCAUUUAUAAAUAUGGA